CGUGAUAAUGUGAUCUCAGGCACUGACCAGGAUAUAAAGAGAAUCUGACCCCCACCACUGUUAGUUUACCUUUAGUGAGCGCAGAGCAGAGAGACCCGUUUAUAAUAUGAAGUCCAUAACUGUAUUUUUAUUUGUGGCCCUCAUAGUGGCGGUAUCAUGCCGUCCCGACAAGCCCGACUUGAAGCAACUGAAAGCAGACGCGGCCCGCAAGAAGGCUUGCAUGCACGAUUGCUCCCACGAAAAGUUUGAGCCAAUCUGCGCGGGAAAACAGGGAGAAAAACCCAAGUCUUUUGGCAGUGAAUGUGUCAUGAACAACUACAACUGCGAGAAUAAGGACAGUCUGCAGAAGAUCAGCAAGGGUGAAUGCAAAGGAUCCGACGGUAUUCGUCUCUCAUAAUUUCAUCACCAAGAAACCGCACGGCAAAUUACUCGCUUGAAAUACUCACAUUUUUUUGUAGAAAAUAGUAAUUUUUGUGUGAACUAAGAACCGGUGAAUAAACUGUAUUUUUUCAAUUGCAAGCUUUCAUGUAAUGAUUUUAUUUUUCAUUUGUGGAAAUAUUAAAAUGAUUUAAGUUUUA